CCUCCAUUUCCACUCGCCCGCACGCACUCAUUCUCCGUUUCAGCUUGAUCCUCAUCUCCCUCCUCGUCACUCAUCUACAUUUCUCAUUUUCUCUUGUUUACGGCAUCUUAACGAGCAUACCCAAGCUCUAAAGCACUACUUCCUCUUAGCGCCCUCCGAGUCCUGAGCCUCUGCCCAUCAUGGACCAGCAGCUCAUUAGCCUCGUCAACAAGCUCCAAGAUGUGUUCUCCAACAUCGGUGUUCAGAACAAUAUCGAUUUGCCGCAGAUCACUGUUAUCGGCUCGCAGUCCAGUGGCAAGUCAUCAGUUCUCGAGAACAUUGUCGGACGUGACUUCCUGCCCCGUGGCACUGGUAUCGUGACACGUCGUCCGCUCGUGCUCCAGUUGAUCAACCGGCCUGCGACAGCUAAGCCUAAUGGCGCCGACAAGAAGGAGGAGAAGGUCGAGGACGCUAUGGCCAAGACGCGCGUAAACGAGACCAACCCCGAUGAGUGGGGAGAGUUCCUGCAUCUUCCUGGGCAGAAGUUCUUUGACUUUAACAAGAUUCGCGAGGAAAUUGUGCGCGACACGGAGAAGAUUACGGGAAAGAACGCCGGCAUCUCGCCCAACCCCAUCAACCUCCGAAUCUACUCUCCCAAUGUCCUCACCCUCACGCUUGUUGACCUUCCCGGUCUCACCAAAGUUCCAGUCGGUGACCAGCCGCGCGACAUUGAGAAGCAGAUCAGGGACAUGCUCAUGCGCUUCAUCUCCAAGCCGAACGCCAUCAUUCUUGCGGUCACAGCAGCCAACACCGAUCUGGCCAACUCGGACGGUCUCAAGCUCGCGCGAGAGGUCGACCCCGAUGGAACUCGUACCAUUGGUGUGCUGACCAAGGUCGAUCUCAUGGACCAGGGCACCGACGUUGUCGACAUUCUCGCUGGAAGGGUUAUCCCUCUGCGUCUCGGCUACGUGCCAGUCGUCAACCGUGGCCAGCGUGACAUUGACCAGUCGCGAUCCAUCGCAUCCGCGCUCGAGGCCGAGAAGAAGUUCUUCGAGACCCACCCCAGCUACGCCAGCAAGGCGCAGUACUGCGGAACUCCGUGGCUCGCGAGGAAGCUCAACAUUAUCCUCAUGCACCACAUUCGCAACACGCUGCCAGACAUCAAGGCGCGUAUCGCAACCAACCUCGUCAAGUACCGCCAGGAGCUCUCCGCCCUUGGUGGUCCCAUGGGCGAGACCAACCCCGGCAGCCUGGUACUCUCGACCAUCACCGAGUUUUGCUCCGAGUUCCGCUCGGCCAUCGAUGGCAACACGAACGACCUCUCGCAGAACGAGCUGUCAGGCGGUGCGCGUAUCAGCUUUGUCUACCAUGAGUUGUAUAACAAUGGUGUCAAGAGCAUCGACCCAUUUGACCAGGUGAAGGACGGCGACAUCCGCACGAUCUUGUACAACUCAUCCGGUUCGACACCCGCUCUUUUCGUGGGCACGGCCGCGUUCGAGGUUAUCGUCAAGCAGCAGAUCCGCCGCCUGGAAGACCCCUCGCUUCGAUGCGCAUCUCUCGUGUACGAUGAGCUUAUCCGUAUUCUUGGGCAGCUUCUCAACAAGACGACCACGUUCAAGCGGUACCCUGAGCUUAAAGAGCGCUUCAACUCCGUUGUCAUCAACUUCUUCAAGAACUGCAUGAACCCGACAAACAAGCUUGUUUCGGACAUGGUCAACAUGCAGGCGACGUACAUCAACACGACGCACCCCGAUUUCUUGAAUGGCCACAAGGCUAUGGCCAUUGUGCAGGAGCGCCUAAACGCGAACAAGCCGCCUGAGAAGAUUGAUCCCAAGAAGCCGGUCAACCAGCUGCCGAAGGACCUCGAAGAGAAGAAGGAGGAGAGCUUCUUCGGGUCGUUCUUCUCCAAGGACAAGCCGAAGCGGAAGGGUGUGGCUGCCAUGGACGCGCCCCCGCCCACCAUCAGGCCCGUGCAGCAGCUGAGCGACCGAGAGCUGAUGGAGACGGAGGUGAUCAAGCUGUGAGUCCGUCCCCAUGAUCUACACUGACCCUAGCCUUAUCCGCUCCUACUUUAACGUCGUGUCUCGCGAGAUGAUUGACAUGGUUCCGAAGGCGAUUUCGUACACGCUCGUCAACUUCGCCAAAGAGAACCUCCAGCAGACGCUCCUCGAGGAACUGUACCGCCAGGACCUGCUCGACGACCUGCUGCGCGAGUCGCCUGAGGUCACUGCCAGGCGCAAGGAGGUUAUCAAGAUGGUCAAGGCGCUCGAGUCGUCGGAAGAGAUUGUCGCUGCCGUUUAAGGCGGUGUAAUGGCGGCUACUGUACUAGAAGUCUUUUGUCACGUCUGAUACCCUCAUCCGGGCUCUCCCAUAGC